AUGGGAAUGUGUGAAUCACGAGAAGAAUUGAAAGAUCCUUAAUUUGGGAGAUCAACAAUUUAGCCAAAGAUGUCAGAGAAUCCAAAUUUAGAUUUUUAUAGAGGUGUCUACCCAUUUUAGCUCAAUAAUUAGAUCUAAUUUCACAUGAGACAUUGGAAAUCCUAUAAUUAACAAUAUCAAUGGAUUAAGUUUUAUUCAGAUUUAGAAUCAGAUAAGCAAUUUAUGCAAUGGCUUUAUCCGAAUUUCUUCUAAUCAUUUUUCAACACAACUAGUUUUAGAUUGUCAAUCAAGGAAAGGAAUAGUUUCAUAGAGGAUGAAUCAAUUAUGAAAUAGUAUUUGGAUAACGUCAGUAUGUUUUAGAGAUUCUUAGGGAUUGGAAGAGAUGAAAGCUAAUAAUUAUAAAUCUUAGAUCAACAAUAGUUUGAUCAAUGCAUAUACUCCUAUACGCAAAAUCUGGUAAGGAUCCAACGAUUUAUUUCCUCGAUGAGCAUAUUGGGUUAGAGGGAAUUGGCAGUUGAAUUUUUACAAGUUAUAAAGAAUAAGUUGACUAAAAAGAAUAAGAUUUAUACAUCGAAAUUCCAAGGAUUCGAGUUGUUGAUUGAAGAGAUUGAUUUAUCAGCACAAUCUUUGUAUUCAAAGAAAAAGCCAACAAAAUCAUUUGGAGAAUUCAAAACACAUUAUGUGUAAGAGGAUCUGUUGAAUGAGCCCUGGGUUUAGGCUUCAAUAUUAACAAAGGCACCAAUAAUAAGCAUUUAAGAAAAAAGGGAAUCGUUCGAAAUUAAAUAAGAAGUUUGA